GGCAUGGGAGAUUAAUGGAAAACCUUCGCCAUCCCUAGGUAAGAAGUCUGGAGACUCCUUUCGGAGUGCCAUUCGAACUUGAAGUACAUCAAAAACUCGUUAUUGUGGUGUUUCGAAGCGAUCUGACGAAACGUGUAUCCUAGUAUAUAACUGCAAGUCUGACACCGAAUCCCCGCCGAGCGUGAAUUACCCAGACGAUGUUGCAUUAUCAGUCACUUCGUUUCCAAACCUUGGCGCAACGCAUGCAGUCAUGUACGGCUGUACACAACCCAUCAUCAAGUCAACUACCAAAUACCUGAAGGACUUUGGGGGACAAGCCAUUCAUCCUCUUGUCAUGCCCAUGAUAUUCGCCGAGAUAGAACGCACCCGUCUGUUCGAUUUGCUUGAUAAAGAGAGAACCACGCUCGAGCAGCGCAUUUUGGAUCUGGAAACUAAACUUCGAGGCGAAGCUCAGAGUCCUACCUCCGAGAAAGCAGACCCUGAGCCCUUGUUGCGAAUGAGAGAUUGCGAGUCGACGAAACUUUGGAUGGAUGUCAACCGGCUGAAGAAUGGGCUCCACAGUCUGAGAAUCCAGCUGCAAAACCUGAUAGAACAUUCAGAAAAUCUAGCCAUGACGUACUUCAAGCCUUCCGUUGAAGGUAAAGAUGGCAUUGAUAAAUAUGUCGAAGAGCGGGGAACAGGAGACAGGAUUGAGAUGAGACUACGCGAAAUGGUUGAUGAGUUGGGCAGUAAGAUUCGAACCUGUGAAGGCCUUCUUGGCGGCAUGUCAUUAUCUGCUCAAAUGGUGAGAGAAACUAAACCUAGCCUGUUAAUCCACAAACAUCAGAUGAACUGA